GCCGCAGCAGUGGCAAAGGACCACCUCAGCCUACGAUUUCUUUUGAUGGCAUCUAUGCAAACAUGAGAAUGGUUCACAUACUCACAUCAGUUGUUGGAUCCAAGUGUGAAGUACAGGUGAAAAAUGGUGGUAUAUAUGAAGGAGUUUUUAAAACCUACAGUCCUAAGUGUGAUUUGGUGGUUGAUGCUGCUCAUCGGAAAACUGCAGAAUCCAGUUUGGGGCCAAAACGGGAGGACAUCUUAGAGAGUAUCUUGUUCAAGUCUUCAGACUUUGUUAUGGUGCAUUUUAAGGAUAUGGAUACCAAUUAUGCCAGAAGAGAUGCUUUUACUGAUUCAGCCAUCAGUGCUAAAGUUAAUGGAGAACACAAGGAAAAGGAUCUGGAGCCCUGGGAUGGAGGAGAGAACACGGCUUCUGAGGAGCUGGAGGCACUGGAGACAGAUGUUUCUAAUGGAUGGGAUCCCAAUGACAUGUUUCGUUACAAUGAAGAAAAUUAUGGUGUAGUGUCAACUUAUGACAGCAGUUUAUCUUCUUAUACGGUGCCAUUAGAAAGAGAUAAUUCAGAAGAGUUUUUAAAACGGGAAGCCAGAGCAACUCAAUUAGCAGAGGAAAUUGAAUCAAGUGCCCAAUACAAAGCUCGGGUUGCCUUGGAAAAUGAUGAAAGGACAGAAGAAGAAAAAUAUACUGCUGUUCAGAGAAAUGCUAAUGAAAGAGAAGGACAUGGUGUGAACACUAGAGAAAAUAAAUACAUUCCACCUGGACAGAGGAACAGAGAUGUCAUGUCCUGGGGAAGUGGAAGGCAAAACUCACCGAGGAUGGGCCAGUCUGGGUCAGGCCCACCAAUCUCAAGGUCUGGAUCCCAUACAUCAGAAUUCAGCCCUAACUCUGGAGCAGAUCAGAGAGUAGUUAACGGAGGUGUUCCCUGGCCAUCGCCUUGCCCAUCUCCUUCCUCUCGCCCACCUUCUCGCUACCAGUCAGGUCCCAACUCUCUUCCACCUCGGGCAGCCACCCCUACACGGCCGCCCUCCAGGCCCCCCUCGCGGCCCUCCAGGCCCCCGUCUCACCCCUCUGCUCAUGGUUCUCCAGCUCCUGUCUCUACUAUGCCUAAACGCAUGUCUUCAGAAGGGCCUCCACGGAUGUCUCCAAAGGCUCAACGGCACCCUCGAGGUCACAGAGUCUCUACUGGUAGGGGUACAAUUUCAAGUGGCUUAGAAUUUGUAUCUCAUAAUGCACCUGGGGAAGCAUCUACUGCUGCAGUGGCACGAGGCAGCCCUUCAGGUGGGACGUGGUCAUCAGUUGUCAGUGGGGUUCCGAGAUUAUCCCCUAAAACACACAGGCCUAGGUCUCCAAGGCAGAGCAGCACUCCCAUGGGACCAGCUCUGCCUUCUCCUCAGCCUGGUUCUAUUCCCACUGAAUCUGUUGCCAUGCCUGUUCCAGCUGCCUCUCCUACACCUGCCAGCCCUGCAUCCAACAGAGCAGUCACCCCUUCCAGUGAAGCUAAAGAUACCAGGCUUCAGGACCAGAGGCAAAAUACUGCAGCUGGAAACAAGGAGAAUAUAAAGCCAAGUGAGACUUCUCCUAGUUUUUCUAAACCUGAAAACAAAGGUGUCUCUCCAAUUGUUUCAGAGCAUAGAAAACAGAUUGAUGAUUUAAAGAAAUUUAAGAAUGACUUUAGGUUACAGUCCAGUUCCUCUUCAGAUGCAGUGGAUCAGCUGCUGAACAAAACCCGAGAAGGUGAAAAAUCAAGAGAUGUAGUUAAAGAAAAGACAGAAUCCACCCCUAAAGAAUCUAUCAUAGAAGCUGGCAGUAACACCAACUCCAAUGGUGGCAGUAGCAAACCCAACAGUCCCAGUAUUUCUCCUUCCAUGAGUAACAGCUCUGAGCAAAAGCGAGGGCCUGAGGUGACCUCCCAAGGUGUGCAGACAUCAGGGCCUGGAAGUAAACAAGACAAAGAGGAUAAAGAAGAGAAGAAGGAUACUUCUGAGCAAGUUAGAAAAUCAACACUUAAUCCUAAUGCUAAAGAGUUCAACCCCCGAUCUUUUGCUCAACCGAAACCUUCUACUACACCAACCUCCCCUCGUCCUCAAGCUCAGCCCAGCCCCUCCAUGGUGGGGCAUCAGCAGCCAACCCCCGUGUACACUCAGCCUGUUUGUUUUGCACCAAAUAUGAUGUACCCGGUUCCAGUGAGUCCAGGCGUGCAGCCUUUGUAUCCUAUUCCCAUGACGCCCAUGCCAGUGAACCAAGCCAAGACAUAUAGAGCAGGUAAAGUACCAAAUAUGCCCCAGCAGCGGCAAGACCAACACCACCAGAGCACCAUGAUGCAUCCUGCCUCAGCAGCAGGCCCUCCAAUUGUAGCUACUCCACCUGCUUACUCUACACAAUAUGUUGCAUAUAGCCCCCAACAGUUUCCUAAUCAGCCUCUUGUGCAGCAUGUGCCACACUACCAAUCUCAGCAUCCUCAUGUUUAUAGCCCUGUAAUACAGGGCAACGCUAGGAUGAUGGCCCCACCAGCACACGCACAGCCGGGUUUAGUAUCUUCCUCUGCAACACAGUACGGUGCGCAUGAACAGACACAUGCUAUGUAUGUUUCCACUGGCUCACUUGCUCAGCAGUAUGCCCACCCUAAUGCUACCCUGCACCCGCAUCCUCCGCAUCCUCAGCCUUCUGCCACCCCAACUGGCCAGCAGCAAAGCCAACAUGCUGGAAGCCACCCUGCUCCAAGCCCCGUGCAGCACCACCAGCACCAGGCUGCCCAGGCCCUGCACCUGGCCAACCCCCAGCAGCAGUCGGCGAUUUACCAUGCAGGUCUAGCUCCAACCCCUCCUUCCAUGACGCCAGGCUCCAACACGCAGUCUCCACAAAACAAUUUUCCUACAGCACAACAAACAGUCUUCACCAUUCAUCCCUCCCAUGUUCAACCUGCAUAUACCAAUCCGCCACACAUGGCCCAUGUCCCCCAGGCUCAUGUACAGUCAGGAAUGGUUCCUUCUCACCCAACUGCCCAUGCUCCAAUGAUGCUAAUGACGACACAGCCUCCCGGUGGUCCCCAAGCCGCCCUCGCUCAAAGUGCACUACAGCCCAUUCCAGUCUCGACAACAACACAUUUCCCCUAUAUGACCCACCCUUCAGGUGAGGAGUGUGUGCCCGGGAGACCUGCACCCUAACUGAGCCAGGUCGAGGAGUGAGAACUGGGAGAAACCAGAUUUUUGGGGAAAAAGAUUUAAAAAACGACAAGAAAGAGACCAACCAACCUUAAGAUGUCCUUGUGUUUCGCAGCCUGGAGGAGCGUAGGUUUAGCUGCUGAGCUGCACCUAAUGCAGGGAAUAUUCUUGCUUUUUCUCUAGCUGGAGUAGAGAGAAGUAAAGUGUGAGACACUGGCACUGUGGGACUGAGUUUUCCAGGUGUUGCCGUGGAUUUGCCGUGGGGGAUGGACUGUGUGUCGUUUAUAAUGAUCAGAGGUUUGAUUAAAUCUCGAGGGCAGCAGUGAAAUGUGUGGGGGUAGGGCUGCUGUUAAGGUAAAGUGACAACUGUAAUCUAAACUUGAAUUCAGAGUAACAUUCUGCAGCUUUGCUUUGGGGGAAAAGUUGGAGUUGUGUGACUUCUUUCCGCUUUAAAUUUAACCUUAUUUAGGCUUCUUUGAAUAUUCAAGUUCAAACAGCGUCUGAAGUUCUGUAGUGAUGUAGUUUUACCUGAUGUUUCCUGGGGAAUGUGUGAGCAGAACAAAGCUGCUUUCUGAGGGCUUAGGUAGGGCAAAAGGAAAAAAAAAAAACCAUCCCAAGGACAUCUUGAUGU